UUUUCUGUUCCUCGCACGAUGUCUACGGCAGUUCUAAACGGUUGCUGCUUCUUAUCCUCCCUCGCCAACGGCUCCAAGUCCCGCACUACUAUUUUAGCCUCCUCUUCCCCUCUCACAAACCCUAAUCCUUCCUCUUCGAGCUCAUCUCCGCUCCCAUUGGUUUUCGCAAGCCCCCAUCUUGUCCGUAACGCUCCCGUUCUCGCUACUCCGUCUACCCUCGCCACCUCCGUGGAAAUGGAGUCCGUCCAACGGCUGAAAUCAGGGUUCGAGCAGUUUAAGAAGGAAGUUUAUGAGAAGAAGUCCGAGGUGUUUAAGCAGCUUGCCGAAGGCCAGAGUCCAAAGUUUCUGGUGUUUGCGUGUUCGGAUUCACGCGUAUGUCCAUCGGUACUGUUCAACUUUCAACCUGGUGAGGCUUUUACCAUCCGCAAUAUAGCUAACAUGGUCCCACCCUACGACAAGGUAUCAUCACUAAUCUUAUAUGAAGUAUUUGCAUUUCAGGUGGAGAAUAUUAUUGUUAUUGGUCAUAGUCGUUGUGGAGGCAUCAAAGCGCUCCUCUCUAUUAAAGACGAAGGUACCCUUGGCACUGACUUUAUAGAGGAUUGGGUCAAAAUCUGCUCUGCGGCAAAGGAAACGGUGAAGAAAGAACAUGCUGAUCUCCCCUUUGAAGAACAGUGCUCAAAGUUGGAGAAGAAAGCUGUCCAAGUUUCUCUGGAGAAUUUGAAGACUUACCCUUAUGUUAAGGAAGGUCUGGAGAAAAAGACCCUAGCUUUGUAUGGAGGAUAUUAUGAUUUUGUCAAUGGUACUUUCGAGACGUGGGAGGCUUGAAACCAUUAUCAUGGUGCUUCUCAGGUUUAAAACCUCGAGUAUUAUGUAAUAUUCGUGGAAACUUCAAUAAAUUUGUGUAUUUUGAGUUUAUGUGCAAGGGCUUUUUCACCAUUAUAACUAUUUAUGCGUGUGAAUGCUUGCCUCAUAGCUUAGAGGCAAAGAGCUUUAGCUCUCCAUGGGCAUUAAAGGUUUGAGCACCAACAUGAUGUAUGUGUAUGUGCAACAGUUUCAUCCUCUCAAUCAUUUAUUUUCGUGUC